AAUUGGUGAAUGCGCUGUGACGUUUGACUUGCUUAGUUAACCUCUCUUUUAGUAAUCAGUUAUUUAAUUUUUUGAGGGCUGAUUUAUUUUAAUAAUAGUAUAAAAAAUGAGUGCGGACGAGAUACGGACAGAGCCGAAGCCGGUGUUCAAAACUGCGUCUUUUUACCACAACUCGAAGUCAAGUGUUAAAAAACGGGCUUGGAAAUCUUUGAAGCAAAUCAUUUCAACCGAAAAGGCACUACCAUGGCCCGAAAAUGUCGUUCAUUACAGCUCCAUAAACGCACCUCCUUCAUUUAAACCAGCUGAGAAAUUCUCAGAUUUGUCUGGUCUACCAGCCCCCUACACUGAUCCUCAGACAAGACUGAGAUUUGCAAAUAAGGAAGAAUAUGCCACGCUUAUCGGCCUUCCAAUGGAUAUAACAGCUGGAUAUUUGGCUUUAAGGGGAGCAAGUAGUAUAGUAGGGUAACAAAAACACUCAAGUGUAAAAGAUUUUUUAUUAAGCGAAUCAUUCAACCAUUAUUUUGGUAGCAGGCGAUUUUAAAAGUGCGCCAAAAUAUAAUUUAUCGGUUUUACUUAUUUGCCAGUCGUACGUAACUUGCUUGUUACACGUAUCAAUACUGACUCGUACUUUGUCAUCUUGGAUUAAUUCACACAUAAAGCAAAUCUGUAAAAUAAAUCCUAAUUAUUUGAUUAAA